AUGUCAGCGUUUAUAUUAUUACGAGAUGUAUGUAUAAACUUUGAAGAUGAUCUAAAAAAGAUAUCCAAAGAAGUGUUCACAGCUAAAACAGAUGAACCAUUUGAGGACGUUAUUGCAAAAAGAACAAAAGAUCUUGCUCUAUAUUCUUCUAAAUUAAAAUUAUUACAAGCGAAAUCUAUUGCUGGUACACCCCAAGUUAUAGACCAAAACAAAACCGAAGCCACUACUAUAGCUAACUAUGAAGACACAGCUGUGUGGAAGAUCAUCGAACAGCAAGUUGUUAAAACGUUAACACAAACACAUUUGGUAAAGAAACUGGUAUCAACGCCAAAUAGAAAUCUGGACCCUGAACUAGUUGAAAGGAAAGAAAAAAUCAUAUCUCAAUUAAAAAUUUAUCAAGAAAAAGAAUCUCGUCUACGAAAUCUACAGUUGCUUUUGCAAGAAAAAGAAGAAGAGUUGGUGGCAACCCGGCAGAAAUGGGAUGAAAGUUUGUGCAAAUUGAAAGAUGUAGAGAAAAUACCAGAAAAUGAAGAAUUGACUACUGGGCCAUUGUAUAAUACUUGCUGGACACAGCUAGAACAUAGAUAUAAUAACAAAAGAUACCUAGCAAAUUGUAUUUUGAGAAGGCUUAUUAAUCAAAAGAACAUUACAGUAGAAACUUCUAAUACUAUUAAGGAAUUAUUAGACACCACUAACGAAUGUUUAAGUGCUUUGAGAAACUUGGAUAUAGAUGUCAGUAGUUGGGAUGUUAUCAUUAUUUAUAUGAUUAGCCAAAAACUCGAUCCACAGUCCAGAAAGGAAUGGGAACUCUACAUAGGAGAUGUUUCACAAGAAUUACCUAAACUAAGUCAAUUUAAUGAUUUUUUGGAACAUAGAUAUAGGGCAUUGGAGUUUAUAGAUCCAAAAAUGAAUAAACAAUACACUCGUAAUAAUGAUAUAAAGGCACUUCAUGUCUCAAAUGCAAUCUCUUGUGGUUAUUGUUCUGGAGACCAUAAAUUAUAUAAUUGUAAAAAGUUUGCUAAUGAAGAUGUUCACUCACGUCGUAAUUUUGUCCAACUUAAAAGGUUAUGUUUUAAUUGUCUCGGACUGAAUCACUCGGUAUAUUCGUGUCGACAGUCUACCAGAUGUCGUAUAUGUAAGAGAAAACACCAUUCUCUUCUGCAUACUACGGAACCUUCUAAAUCAGAUGAGGAGAUCAAAGCUGUUAAGUCGGUUAGGGAAGUUUCAUCAACCUCCUCACAAAGCGAGACCGAUAAUGUAAUUUCUUGCCAUUCAAAUAUUUUUAGCCAAGUUUUACUUGCAACUGCUAUGGUAAAAAUUAAGGCGAGGAAAGGUAAUUUUAUACUGUUUAGAUCUUUAUUAGAUCAAGGAUCGCAGGCGUCAUUUAUUACUGAAGCUGCAGUCCAAAUGUUAGGGUUAAGAAAAAUACCUAAUAGGAGUAUCAUAUCAGGGAUAGGUGGAGAGGAAGAAUCUAAACUUUCUUCAAAAGCGAUGGUAAUAGUAAAUAUACAGUCUCGCACUAAUCCUAAUUUUAUUAUCACGGUUAAGGCUCAUGUUCUGAGUAAAUUGACCGCUCUUCUUCCAGAGAAAAAUGUCACAGUGGAAAUGAUUACGACACUUUCGUCUACAGAGUUAGCAGAUCCGUCAUUUAAUAUUCCAAAUAAGAUAGAUUUGCUACUAGGGGCAGAUGUUUAUGGCCAGAUAUUGUUAGAAGGGGAAGAGAAC